GCCGUUACGCGCGCGCGCGUGUCUCUCUGUGUGUAUGUGUGUAGCCCGCCGAGCGUGUAUCUGGGGAAGCAGCGCCCAGCGAAGAAGCCGAGGGCGUCGCGGCCGGCGAAUGGGGGAGGCGAUCCCGCUGGGCGCGCCGGUGCCGGUGGAGCAGGCGGUGCUGGAGACCUUCUUCUCGCAUCUGGGCAUCUUCUCCUACGAUAAGGCCAAGGACAAUGUGGAGAAGGAGCGGGAGGCGAACAAGAGCGCCGGCGCCAGUUGGCUUUCGCUGCUGGCCGGGCUGGGCCACCUGGCCGCGGCCGAGAAGGCCUAUCACAGUAUGACCUUCCUGGGCCAGAAACUAGGUGGGCAAUCAUUCUUCAGCCGAAAGGACUCCAUACGAACCAUAUACACAUCGCUGCACAAUGAACUGAAGAAAGUGGUGGCAACAGGCCGGAAUGCAGUGGGAGGGACAGCCCCACACCUAGAGGAACUGCUUUCUCACCUAUCUGAACAGCUCUGCUUUUUUGUUCAAGCACGGAUGGAAAUUGCUGACUUUUAUGAAAAAAUGUAUAGUCUCAGUACUCAAAAGUUUAUCAACUCUGAAGAACUGAUAAACUUCUUGGAAUCCAUACUAAAAAAAUACAGCUCAAGAUUUCAUCAUCCAAUCCUGAGUCCUCUUGAAAGCAGUUUCCAGUUAGAAGCCGAUGUGCUUACUCAUCUUUUGAAGGCCCAGGCACAGAUCUCGGAGUGGAAAUUCCUCCCAUCCUUGGUGAAUUUGCACAACGCGCACACAAAGCUACAAACCUGGGGCCAGAUUUUUGAGAAGCAACGAGAAACUAAGAAACACUUGUUUGGUGGACAGUCGCAAAAGGCUGUACAGCCUCCUCACCUUUUCCUGUGGCUGAUGAAGCUAAAGAAUAUCCUCCUUGCCAAAUUUAGCUUUUACUUUCAUGAGGCACUCAGUCGACAGACAACACCAUCUGAAAUGAAAGCUUUGACUGCAAAAGCCAAUCCCGAUUAUUUUGGCAAAAUUUCCAGCUUCAUUAGGAAAUAUGAUGCUGUUAAUGUCUCGUUAAUCUUUGAUAACCGUGGAUCAGAAAGCUUUCAGGGACAUGGUUAUCAUCAUCCACAUUCCUACAGGGAAGCCCCAAAAGGAGUUGAUCAGUAUCCAGCAGUAGUAUCUCUCCCUAAUGAUAGACCAGUUAUGCAUUGGCCCAAUGUCAUUAUGAUUAUGACUGACAAAGCUUCUGACCUGAACACAUUGGAAAAGGUGGUCCACUUCUAUGAUGACAAAGUUCAAAGCACAUAUUUCUUGACUCGUCCUGAACCUCACUUUACCAUUGUAGUUAUUUUUGAAUCCAAAAAGUCUGAGAGAGACUCCCACUUUAUCUCUUUUCUCAAUGAAAUUUCAUAUUCCCUUAAGAACUCUAAAGCAUUUGCAAGUCUGAAGCCUGGAUUUAAAGGGUAAAAGUAUUGACUAUUAAGGCAGCAUAUUGGACUGUGAAGAAGCAACAAGCUCUAGGCUCCUAGAAAUGUUCAUUUUGCAUAUUUUUUUAAAGGAGGUAAUUAUUUUGCUAUUCAGUAUUUAAUGGUAAAUAUUAAUAUUAAACAUUUUUGGAAAGAAUCUGAAUGAUAUAAAGCUGAAUUGGUAACAUGAAAACUACACAAAUAUGCACUAAAAUCAUCAAUAUGAUAUUUUGCUCAACUGCUGUAUUAAUUAUUUUUUUAAAUCUGUGAUACAUUGUUGACCUUACCUGAAUGGAAUAUAUGCACUUUAUCUUUUGCUGGUUAACAUCUGCUGGAAACUCAGUUUGAAUAGCGUUUUGGGGUGAUUUUUUUAUUCCAAGAUCUGUUUCAUAAAGUACUCUUCAGUCAUAGUCACUGGAAGGUUUUGGAAGGAAAUAAUUGCAAUAAAUUAAAUGCAUCAUUG